AAAUUGGCAACAUCAUUUUUGGUCUAAAAAUAAUUCAACAAAAAUUAAUCCACAGAACAUAAAAAAAAAACGAUUUUUGGCAAGCUGCGUGGUGAAAGAAAGCAUUAAAAAAAUAUAAAUAUAUAUAACGAAACAAAAAAAGUAUAAAUUAUCUUAAAAACGUCCACACGUGAAAAUGUUUUGCAACUAAAAUAUAUCAAAUGUAACUUUUUGAAAUCAACUUAAAGUCAAAGAUUGAAAUUAAACCAGAAAACCCUCAGAAGCUCAAUCCAAAAUCCAGUUGAAAAUCCAGGGGAAAUCUUUUUAGAACAAACGCAAAAAACCGCAAAAAUUUAAGCCAACAAACUAAAUUGGUCAAAUAUUCAAAAUUAUUGGUUCGGACAUACGCAAUACUAUACAACACAGUAACACAGCAGCAACAACAACAUCAACAGCCAUAGCAACUGAGCCGACUACUACAGUAACUACAGUAAUCACUACAGUAAGAGCAACCGCAUCAGCAUCAGCCAGCAGCAGCAGCAGCAAAAAACGUGUGUGUUAGUUUGCAUAAAAAUUUCGUUUCGAAAAUAAAAAAAAAAUCAAAAGCAUCAAAUAUUUAACAGACAUAAUACAAAUACAAAUCGUAAUAAACAUAAUAAAAUAUUAUAAUAAUAUAAUCUAUACAAAAUAUGUAUCUAUGCUUACAAAUUAUAUCGGAAAAAAAUAUUUGGUAAACAAUUUUUGAGUCUUACUUAAAUAAUUAGUAACUAAAACUAAAAACAAAAACAUUUUGGCCCAAGUGCAGUGUUAAAAAUUCAAAAUUAAACUUUUGUGAAAAGUGUUUAGAACUUGAAUGAUUCUGGACUUGGAUUAAACCCGAAAAUUUGCAAUUGGAUAUUAAGCAUUUGUCGUGUUCGGAUUCGGAUUCGUCGUUGUAGUGUGUCGUUGUUCGUAAUUUAAAUAAACCAUAAUUCGGUAUAUUUCUUAUGCCAACGCCACCAUCAUCACCAAAUCUAUUAUCAGCAACAGCAGCGGAAGUACUCCGUAAACCGGAAUUAAACGCCAAAAAAACGAGAGCAAGAACGCGAACGAGAAGAACGACAAACAAGAAAUUAUAUAAUCAAUUGCAAAAUUCCCUUUGGCUAAGGAAUUGCAGCGGCCGAAUUGCUUUUAUGCUCUACUGCCAGCUACAAAAUUCCACGAAAUUCCAUUUUGGCAACACGAUAACAAACAAACAAAUUCGUAUCACUAACCAAGAACUUCAAAAACAAAAUCUUAAAUUGAAAAAUCAACUAAAACAUCAAAUCAUUUGCAAGAAACAUCGUUGCAUUGGCGUCUGCAUCCUGCAAGUAAAUAAUAUCAGCAAGGAUACUAAGGAUAACGGUACAGAUAUAGGCGGUGCAACGGAGACACAAGCACAACUGCUGGCAAAAUGGAUCCACAGCAGCAGUUCUGCCUCAAGUGGAACAGUUAUUCCUCCAACUUGGCAAUAACAUUCUCCAAUCUGUUCAAAUCGGAUCUACUGGCCGAUGUCAUAUUAUCCUGCGAUGGCGCAGUUUUCAAAGCACACAAACUUAUCUUGGCGGCCUGCUCGAAAAAGUUCGCCGAUCUGUUCGAGAACACGCCCACAAAUGGCCAGUGCGUCAUUAUCCUGGAGGCUACAACGCCGGACAACAUGGCCGCUCUGCUCGAGUUCAUGUACAAGGGCGAGGUCCAUGUCUCCCAGGAGGCACUCAACAGUUUCCUCAAGUCUGCUGAGAGUUUGCAGGUCAAAGGCCUCUCCACUGAGACGGGACGCCUGGCGGCCCAACAGGCCCAACAACAACACAUGGGUGACUCCUCGCCCCUGGACUCGCCGACGGGCAGGCGCAGCAUUCGCAACAGCUUGAGCGGCGGCGGAAACAUCGUCCACGGCGGUGUGGGCGCAGGAGGCGUGGGAAUGGGUGGCGGCGGAGCCGGAGCCAACUCGAUACCCGGCGGUCUGGGCAACGGUAAUGGACUGAGCCUGGCCGGAGCCCUGAGCGCUGCCGGGGGUAUGGCAGCAGCGGCCAGUGUGGCUGCCAGCGGACUGAGCGCCUUGGCGGCCAGUGCCAAUGCUUUGGACAGAUGCACCAGUGCCGGUGGCAACAUCAUCGGUGGCACAGCGGCUGGUAUUGGACCGCUGAGCGGAGGAUCGGGAACCGGAGCCGGAUCGGGAAUCGGCGGAGUGGGAGGCAAUGGCGUGGGCGGAGGUAACAACGGACCGAUUAGCCUGGGCAGCGGUGCUGGCGCCGCUCUCCACCUGGGCGGAUCUACCGGCAGCCUGAAGCAGGAGUGCGACUCCCUUAUGCAUCCUAGCAGCAGCAGCAGCUCCUCCGGAAUGGGCUACACCCAUGUUCCUCCGAUCUACCGACCCAUCUCGUAUGAACCUCUGCGGAAGCGCGCCCUGCGCAGCCCGUAUGCCGAGCAGGAGCAACGCGGCUCUGUCCUUCGUGACGGAUCCAAGAACUCUCUGUCUGAGUGCCCGAGUCCCAUCAACAAGCCACCGUACCACCGUCCCUCGUCCAGCGCCUCCUCCACCGCGCCCACCGAGGCAGAUACCAUGCACUCGGAACGAGCUUCUCCGCAGUCCAGUCGAUAUGAAAACCACAGUCCCAGCACCACAGCCGGCAAUGGAAACGCCACCAGUGGCUUGGAUCGCAUUGUGAAGUCGGAGCGCAACAACGGCAGUGCCAACGAGGCCAACGAUGACGAUCGCGAACUGAUGGAUGAAUCAACUGAUAACGGAGCCGAGGACCUGCGCGUUAAGCUGGAGAACUCGAACUACUCACCGCCACCGCCGCCGAACUCAAACACCUCGUCGACCACACCGAACGCUCUGCUGGAGAACCUGAAGAACGCCGACGGAUCACUGUCUGGCAACCUGGCGGCUUCGAUAGCUCCGGCGGACAUGCUGAACGUGUGGAAUGCGACCAAGAUGAACAACAAGAACAGUGUGAACACGGCCGAUGGCAAGAAGCUGAAGUGCUUGUACUGCGACCGCCUGUACGGCUACGAGACGAACCUGCGGGCGCACAUCCGGCAGCGUCAUCAGGGCAUCCGGGUGCCGUGCCCCUUCUGCGAGCGCACCUUCACCAGGAACAACACGGUGCGGCGGCACAUUGCGCGUGAGCACAAGCAGGAGAUCGGACUGGCGGCGGGGGCCACCAUCGCGCCCGCCCAUGUGGCCGCAGCUGCGGCGGCGGCGGCGGCCGCCAAUCACUCGCCAUAGGAAGCAGCCGCAACAGCAGCGGCAGCAGUAGUCAUGACCGCCCACAAGGAGGCGGCGAAGCAGCGCAAACGUAAAUCACUCAAGAUGGCAUUGGAGAAGUGCAUGCAGCGACGGGAUGCACUGGUGGCAGAGGCCACGAUCACCACACCAAGCAGCACAACGGGGGCAGGAGAGGAGGAGGGGGCGACCGGAUCCGACGAGGGCAAGGACGGAUCUGGCGCCGGGGCAGGAGUAGCUGGUUCAGCGGGCACUGAGCCACCACUCACCUACGAACAACAACAACAGCGGAUGCACCAGGAGCUGGCGCAUCAAAUCAAGGCGGCCAUGGCCGCCGAGCGGGCUCAGGAGGCAAUGGAUGCUACAGUAAACACCACUGCCAACACUACCACCACCACCACAACUACCAACACGACGGGCACCACCAGCGACGGCAGCAGCGAUGCCGAGGCCAGCGAUGGCAGCGAACGGCCCAUGGAGGUGGACGAGCAGCCGCCAGAGCCACAGCCAGGAUCGGAGCUCCUAGUAGUGGAGCCGAAGAUCGAGGUUCUGUCGGAGUCGGAGGAGGCAGAGGAGGAGGAAGAGGAGGACCACCACCACCGACUCCACCUGCACAUGUCCGAAGAGCCCGAGAUCCAGGCCGAAGCUGUCUACGAUCGUAUGCCCACCACGCCCACCAGCCCACAACAACACAUUAUACCGCCCAACGAGACGCCCACUUUGACCUCCACGCCCAAGGUCAAUGUGGAGCAGUAGGAGCCACUGAAGAGUGCCCCCCUAACAAUGCCCCCAAAGAAGCUGCUAAAAUUUAGGAUAAGUAUACACGACGACGAUGAGAAGAAUUGAUGAGAAGACCAUAUAGAGAAGAUGAGUGAUUUACAAAGAAGAACAUGAGAAGAUUUACGCGCGAAGAAAAAUGACUACUGUUGCAACUGCUGUUGCCCUCGGAGACCAACACCACUACCACCAACUACUAGCACCACCAAGCUAAAGACCCAGAAUCUGGGCAGAUAAUUAAACUAACAAAGAAUUACUAAUAAUGAUAAGAUAUACGAUACAAGAAACAGAGAAAUACGUACACAUGCAGGCAGAGAAGGCAGACAGACGCACACACGAACAGAAGGCAGUAUUUGAUGUCCAACUUUUUGCAGAACAUUUUUAUUACAAAUUUGUGUUGAAGCCACCAACCAUUUUCGCAUAGAAACAAGAAACAAAACAAACACAAGUCCCCUAGAUUCACAAUUCAACAAAUAUUUGUAACAAUUUUCACCAAAAGAAAAGCCAGUAAAAAGAAGGAAACCACCAGCAAAAUACACACAGUAACAGAAACAGUAACAAAAAAAAUAAUAGUACAAUUGCAAUCCGGCUGAAAAAUUGUUUUCAGGGUGCUACAAUCAAUGCAACAAACCAGGGCACUUGCAACAACCAGUGCCACACAAAACGAAUAACAAAUUAAAACUAAAACUAUGAAAUAGUAAAAAAUGCAAAAAGUUUGAACGUUUUUGAUUGGUACAGCCUAGUAUGAGAAAUCGGUAGGGAAGAACUAAGUGUAACAAGUGUAUAACGAAUUUGUUUAGUCGUGUGUGUAAAGGAUAAUUUACAUUAUCGCAUAUAUAUUUUUGAUUUCCUAUAGUAACAACAUUACAAACUGCAUUACAAGUUGCCUCAAAUCAAACGAAACGAUAAUGCUAAAAAAAAAAAAACAAAAAACAACAGAACUUAAGUAAAUUGAAUUAAACUAAAGAAACAAUUAAAGAAUACUGUAAACAAAUAGCUGCAACAGACAAACUACAAAGCAACAAUAGCAACAACAAAACCGCAACCACAAGUACCUGCAAUAAUUAAAUAGUAUAAAAAAAAAUAACAAAAGAAACAAAAUACAAAUAGCAAUGAAAAACGCUAGAAGGGAGCCGGCCCAGGACUCCUUGGGGGUGUCAGGUGAUCGUCCGAAGUCCCCGCCUCCGACUGCCCGUUUGUCCGGUUUUUUGUAAAUAAUUUUAUUAAAUUUAUCAUACGAAAAGGCAAACCAGGGACAUCAGUAGUGUGGGGUCAAGUGAUAGGGUCGCCCUCCAGGGAGCACACCUCCCACGGCCAGUGCUCCACAACAUAAACAAUAUUUUUUGCUUUAACGAAACAUACAAUUUUUUGGUUUGCUCAUUUUUUGCAUUAUUUUAUGAUUAAUUUUUUUAUAAUCGUGUUUAGGCCUCAAAAUUUCAAACAGAACUGCUUUUCGGCUACCAAAAAAAUAAUUCAAUAUCAAAUUCAAUUCCGAAUUCAAAAGUUUCUAAUGAAGUAACAUAAAAACAAUUGGUAAAUUGGGUGCCUAUAAGAAAUAUAUAAUUAAAUGACUACUAGUGAAAUUUUAUAAACAAAGGAAGAAUAUAUUUAACGAUUAAACGAUGGAGGAGAAAUGGAAAUAGUAAGGAAAUCGUAAAGUAAAUGUAAUUAUUUUUUAAUUGAAUAAUUCUAGCAAACAUUAAUAAUUCAAUGUUGAUUGAAAAGCAAGCAAAGCGAAGCAAAACAUAUGAUUGAAAAAAUAAUGAUAUAAUAGCAGAAACCACUCAAAAACGUUCUCAAAAACUUGACGGCAAACAACAGCAACAAGCAAACAACAAAAACAGCAAUAAUUACAGCAAACAAAAUUCGAAAUCAAAACAACUUUUGGCACACCUUUGGAAAACAUUUUUCGUACAAAAGAAAUUUCACCAAAAAGAAAAAAAUCCAAACCAACAAAAAUUCAAAAUUCAUUUUUUCGGCUCUUAUAAUUUCGAAGGCUACAUCAAAGGAAGAAAUUCCUCAAAUAAAAAAAUAUCCACAAAAUAAGCUGUAAAAUACUAAAAAUUAAAAGUAAUUGUUGUAAGCGAACGAGUAAAAAAAUCUAAAGAAACUGCAAUUGAAAAUAUUGAGAAAAAAAAGAAAAUAAUAAUCUGCCAGCAUGAAAAUGGGCGGAAACUUGUAAAUACAUUUAUUAGAAAUGCAUAUAUAUCAUUAGAGAUUAUAUAUGCAUGACCUCAGUUGUAUAAUGAUAAAGCCUAGAUCUAAAUAUUAAUAUAUGUACGUGUAUGUAUACAUAAUGUACUAAGCGCAUAUGUAGGAACACUUAGGCUCGCCAACACUGAGAGAAGAAAGGAAGUAAGGAAGGGUUUUAUUUUAGAUCUUAGAAGCUAAACUAAACUGAAUUUCAA